AUGGAGAGUCACACUUCACAAGGAAGCCUCCAGGUUUCACUAUCUAGAACCGAGCGCCUCUUCUUUGCCGAUGCCUAUCGUCAUAACAUCAAAGCGUCCAACCUGUUCCGGGAAUCGGGUUGUAUUAUUACCGACAAGAACUGGCUUGCGGUGCUCGCGUUCGGUGUCACUGUCAUCAUUUUCCACUUCACGGUCGCGCAGUUAGCAUCGCCCGACGAGCACGACUUCCUUGACAUAUUCCGCAUUUUGCGUCGAACGGCAAGGAUAGGCUGGGCAGUCUCUCCACACUUCCACCAAAGUGAGAUCAAAUUGUUCAUCGAUCAUCGGUCUAGCCUGAUUGCAGCGUCGUUGGAUGAACAGAUAUGGCAGGCUGUUUCGAACCUUGACAACGUCGAACACCUUGCCAACACUUCCAGCGAUGUUGCUCAUGUUUAUCAUCAUGCAGUCGAAACCCUAAAGAAUUGGGUGAAGGAUACUGAGGGUUAUCCGCGGUCAUGGCAGCAUUUCAUGGCCUGGCCAGGUCAUGUGUCCGACAGGUUCGUGGAGUUGCUUACUGCCAAGCAUCCGCCCGCACUUAUUAUAUUCACGUAUUGGAACACCAUCAUGCAUCUUACACCCAAACGUUGGUUCAUGAAUGGCUGGGCUCGGCGCAAUGGCUGCCUGGCGAUGGCAGAACUGGAUCCAGAGUGGGAUGGUCUGCUGGAAUGGCCACGGAGUAGACUGAAAUAA